GUUAAUAGUCAAAAGUAGUCUAGAUUUAUUAAGUUUGAAUAUUAAUGAUGAUUGGAGACAAGAAACGAAUUUCAAUGUUAGAGCAUGAACAGGACGAUGGAUACGCAGACGUUGACGAAAAGGAACUUCGAAAAAAGUUGAGAAAUCGCGAAUCUGCCCAGAGAGCUAGGGAUCGACAAAAAGCUAGAAUGCAAUGGCUUGAGCAUGAAGUGUCAAUGUUACAAGUUAGAAAUUUAACAUUGACUCGCGAGAACAAUUUGCUCAGAAACCUGCUGGCUAUAGGAGCGCAGAAAAAGGAACCCUGCGAUGUAGUGACGUCAUGUAACGAUGCCGUGGCGUCAUGUAACGACGGCGUGACGUCUGAGGCCGAGGAUGACAGGUUAACGAACGAAACUCGAACUUCACCUAAGCGAUCACACGAAGAGCCGGAAGCAAUGUCAAAACGAAGUCGGUACGAAGUUUCGGAGAAGCAGGAUCAUCUUGACUUGAACGGCAGAAGGUCACUCUCGGAUUCAGAGGUCGAGAAGCCGAACUUUGACGGGUCAGCAUUGCUUACAAAAACCUCGGCCAUGCUAGGACAAAUUAUUAAUCCCCUGUUAUGUGGUCGCCAUUCAUCAUUCGAUAUUUUCAACCCGAGAUUACAAUUCAAUCAACCCGAUGAUUCUACUACAGGGGUGGAUGAAGAAACCAACCCGCCAGCUCUUAUAUAUCCUUACCUACUUCCCACUUUCCCUCUAAGAUCAUGGCCGGUAAAACAAUAACAUUGUAUAUAGUAAUGUGGGGUAAAAUGGGAUACUUUUAGCACAUAAUAUCCUAUAUUUCCUGAGCAUGUUAUCAACAGUUAACAAUGCUGUAUACGGGUAUAUCGUUUUUUAGGUGUUCUUUGUUAUUACCGAUUGGGAAGAUAACGUUGAAUGAACAUAAACCAUCUUACCCCAACCUACAAAAGUGAGGCAUCACAUUGUGAAGGUUUAUUUGUGUAAAGUAUGAACUUCCACAAACAGACAUUGAUAUCCGCAGUCAAUUAGUCAGUAAAUGGGUUUAAUCGUCAUGGUAUAACUCAACACUUUGCACAUUUACCGAAACAUCGUUUUCAUUUUAAUUUCUUGCUUAAGUUGUUUGUCUGCAUCGCACUGACGCACGAAUCGGUAGGUGCACAAACAAUCAACCUAAAUCAGAGGCGAUUUACGUCAACGGUUUGGGAGAAAUUCGCAUUGAUGGUAUGAACGUGACCUCCGUUUACAACCUGCAGUGUUGUGUUUUAAUAUGCGCUGCAUAUUUUUUGCUUUUGUACAUUUUGUAUUCUUACAGUUGAUUAUUAAUUAUGAGGGUAUCAUAUACUGCCGCCUUACCUCUGUGAAUUUGUGCCAAUAACAUGUUGUUUUGUUACUUU